AUGACAAUUACACCAGUAGUAUUCUUCCAAUGGCUUUUGUUAUUGUUACCCAUUUCUUCCAUCUUUCUAAGCAUCGAUAUAUAUGCUGUGUCAGGCCAAUGUCUUAGCGACCAGCAAACUCUGAUGACCCGAUUGAAGAACAGCCUCGAAUUCCCAAACAACUCCGAUUGGGCUUUAGAGUCCGAUUGCUGUGUCUGGGAAGGUGUAACUUGCCAUGAGGGUCGUGUCAUUGGUCUUGACCUUCGCAGCAAUUCUUGGCAUCUAACUAACAUCUCAACCAUCUUUGACCUCAAAUACCUUGAGAGCCUUGAUUUGUCUUAUGAACAAUAUGCCGAUGAUAUCCCUUCGAGGAUUGGUGAACUAACAAAUUUAAGAUAUUUGAACUUUUCAGGAUCAGCUGAUCAUACUUUCCGCCAAGUCCCAAAAGAGAUGUCACUGCUAACAAAGUUGGUGACUCUUGAUUUGUCAAGCACCAGUUAUGUGGAUCCACAGAAACCAUUGACGAAAGCAGAUUUGGCUUUCUUGAUUCAGAACCUCACACAACUUGAGGAAUUAUAUCUUGAUGGCGUGGAUGUUUCAAUAAGUGGAAAUGAGUUGUCCAAGAUACUAUCAACCUCAGUGCCAAAUCUACGAGAGUUGAGCAUGUCCGUGUGUCGUAUUUCUGGGCCUAUUGAUCAGUCCCUUUUGGAGCUUCAAUAUUUGGCAAUGAUUAAUCUUGAAGGUAAUGAUUUAAAUGCUACAUUUCCAGGCUUCAUUUCCAAUUUUUCAAGUUUGAGUUCGUUGCAUCUCAGUUCUUGCGGCUUGAGUGGAGUGGUUCCCAAAGAAAUCUUCCAGGUACCAACACUGCGUGCUCUUGACAUAUCUUUUAACCAAUUGCUUCAGGGUUCUUUACCAGAGUUUUCGAAUAACAAUUCUCUCCAGAGUUUGGUCAUUUCCAAUUGUCAUUUUCAUGGAACGCUUCCAAACUCUAUAGUAAAUCUCACCCAACUCGUUUAUCUGGAUUUAUCAUUUAACAACUUCACCGGUCCAAUUCCAUCCUUGUCGAAGUACCUGACUAAGAUAGAUCUCUGUCAAAAUCAUUUUAUUGGCGGAAUUCCUUCUUUUAGAAUGCCAAAGAACUUGACUCAAAUAAACUUGUCCGCUAAUAAUUUAAGCGGUGAAAUUCCAUCAUCACACUUAGAAGGCCUGUUAAAUCUUGUUGAAAUUGACUUGAGUCAUAAUUCUCUCAGUGGAAGUAUUCCUUCAUCUUUGUUUGCACCUUCUUUAUUGCAAAAGGUUUUUCUUUCUUACAACCAACUUAAUGGUAAGAUUCCUGAGUAUCCAAAUGCAUCUUCCUCAGGUUUGGACACCCUCGAUUUGAGUCACAACAACCUACAAGGGUCCAUUCCAAAAUCCAUCUUUGAACUUGGAAAUCUUAAGACCUUUCAACUUUCUUCAAACAAUCUCAACGGCACCAUACAGGGACGAAGGUUUCGACGUCUUGGCAAACUUGAAGAUGUUGAUCUCUCAUACAACAACCUGUCCCUGAGCUUUAGUGGCUCUAAUUCUUUAUUGCAAUUCCCUCCUACUCUUGGCAAGUUAAAACUAGCUUCUUGCAAUCUGAAAGUAUUCCCAAUGCUAAGCAAAAGUUUUAAUCUAGAAACUUUGGACCUUUCUAGGAACCAAAUUGAUGGCUUGAUACCAAAUUGGAUUUCGGAUUUGGAAAUUCUUUUAUAUUUGAACCUUUCAUUUAAUCAACUGGAGGGCAUACAAGAACCUUUCGUUUUCCCAGCUCUUCUUCUCAUCCUUGAUUUACAUUUUAACAUGCUGCAAGGGAAGCUCCCUAUUUUACCGCCCAUUGCUUAUUUUAUAGACUUAUCUAAUAAUAAUUUUACAUCUUCCAUUCCUGUACAUCGUCUUAGUGGAGAUAUACCUGAGUCCAUAUGCUCGAUAGGAUUAGAAGCUCUUGAUUUGUCCAACAACGGUCUAAGUGGCAGACUACCAGCAUGUAUUCCUGAAAUGGCCGGUCAAUACCUUUGGAUUUUGAAUUUACGAGACAACAAUUUGAGCAACUCAAUUCCUGAUACAUUUCCAGUUAAUUGUACGAUGAAGGUGCUACAUCUCUAUGGAAAUUCAAUACAAGGAGGGGUUCCUACAUCUCUAACUCAUUGUACUAAAUUAAAGAUUUUAGAUCUUGGCAAUAACUAUAUCUCUGACCAUUUUCCUUCCUUCUUGAUGAAUAUAUCUACCAUGGUAAUCCUCAUUUUGCGAUCCAACCAUUUCCAUGGACACACUGGGUGUCUGAACACCAACAAAACUUGGGUAAGCUUUCAGAUGUUCGACAUAUCUCUGAACAACUUUAGCGGAGAACUACCAAGACAAUGUUUAAGGAAAUGGAAUACUAUGACCGAGGAAUCAGCAUCCAAUGAACUACUCUUUUAUUUUAACUUUCCAGAGUUUGUCACUCAUUAUGAUGUUUCGCCAGAUUUUCAAGAUAAAGUGACAACUACCUUGAAAGGUCUAGAGUUGGAAUUGGUGAAGAUGAUGACUGCCUUCAACACCAUAGACCUUUCAAGUAAUAAUUUCAGUGGACCAAUUCCUGAAGAAUUUGGACAGCUUGAAUCAGUUUAUAGCCUCAACUUCUCCAACAAUGGUUUCACAGGAAAAAUCCCAUCUUCUUUAGGAAACUUGAAGGAAUUGGAAUCCUUGGACCUCUCACAUAACCAUCUAAGUGGCACAAUUCCAACAUCCCUUGCAAACCUUAAUUUCCUCUCAUUCUUAAACCUCUCAUACAAUCAACUUGUUGGGAAAAUUCCGACCAGUACUCAACUUCAGUCCUUUCCAUCAAAUUCCUUCAUAGGUAAUAAAGGACUCCAUGGACCUCCGUUAACAGGAAGUUACACGAACCGAGUGCCAACUCCCUCACGGGAUCCAAACCAUUUAAGUUUUGAAACCGACCACAAAAUUGAAUGGAAUAUCAUAAUUGUUGAAGCUGGAUUUAUUACGGGGUUUGGAAUUGUGGUUGCCCCACUGAUAUUUUGCAAGAGAUGGAGGAGAUCUUAUUUCCAACAUGUUGAGGACAUGGCUUUCAGAAUCAUCCCUGUUUGUCUUCUCAGAAAAUGGUUGUCGUGGAAGAAGGCUUUGGAAAAUAAGAGGCGAAGGCAUUAG